UUUGUUUCUUCAGCGAAACAUUUUGAUUUCAUGAUUACUCCAAGUCUCCAAAACCAUAUUUCAUACGACGACGACUUACCCAACCACCUUAGAAUCGGCGAGAUCUGAAUCACACCCAUAUUCAACUCCACGGAUCUCUCCACCACCGCUCCUCAUCCCAAAAAAUGACGAAACUACCCUUCCACCACCUCCUCCUCCUCCUCCUCUCCGUCCUCCUCUCCCUCACCACCGCCGAAAUCAAAACCCUCACAAUCUCAAACGACAACCGCCCCAUGAUCCUCUUCGAAAAAUUCGGCUUCACCCACACCGGCCACGUCACGAUCUCCGUCUCCUCCGUCUCCGUCGCCUCCUCCAUCAACGCCCCAAACCCCAUCCCCUCCCGCCUCGGCUUCUUCCUCUUAUCCGAAGAAUCGCUCCUCCAAGUCCUCCUCGAGAUCCAGCAAAACCCUAACUUCUGCGUCCUCGAUUCCCACUACACUCUCCACCUCUUCACUUUCCGCGACCUCUCCCCGCCCCCCCUCUCCUCAUUCAACCAAUCGUAUCCCGUAACCGCCCCUAACGAAUACUCGCUGUUUUUCGCGAAUUGCGCGCCGGAAACCCGCGUCUCGAUGAACGUUAGAACGGAAAUAUUCAAUCUUGAUCUUGAUGGUUCUAAGGAUUAUUUAUCCGCAGGUCUGACGCAUUUGCCCUCGUUGUUUUUCGUGUUUUUCGUUGCUUAUCUUGCGUUUGUAGGUUUUUGGGGCUAUACUUGUUAUAAUAAUAGACGGUCUGUUCAUCGGAUUCAUUUGUUGAUGGCGGGUUUGUUGCUAAUGAAAGCUCUUAACUUGAUUUGUGCGGCCGAGGAUAAGCAUUAUGUGAAGGUUACGGGUACUCCUCAUGGCUGGGAUGUUUUGUUUUAUAUAUUUCAGUUUAUUCGGGUUGUUUUAUUGUUUACUGUCAUUGUUUUGAUUGGUACUGGUUGGUCGUUUUUGAAACCGUUUUUGCAAGAGAAGGAGAAAAAGGUGUUGAUGAUUGUGAUUCCGCUUCAGGUUUUAGCUAAUAUUGCUUCAGUGGUUAUUGGGGAGACGGGGCCUUUUAUCAGGGAUUGGGUUACUUGGAAUCAGGUGUUUUUGUUGGUUGAUAUUAUUUGCUGUUGUGCUAUUAUUUUCCCGAUUGUAUGGUCGAUUCGGUCUUUAAGAGAGACUUCUAAGACUGAUGGGAAAGCUGCGAGGAAUUUGGCUAAGUUGCAGUUGUUUAGGCAGUUUUAUAUUGUUGUCAUUGGGUACUUGUACUUUACGAGGAUUGUUGUGUUUGCGCUGAAGACUAUUGCGGCUUAUAAAUAUCAGUGGGUAAGUAACGGUGCUGAGGAAACUGCGAGUUUGGUCUUUUAUGCAGUGAUGUUUUAUAUGUUUAGGCCUGUUGAGAAGAAUGAGUAUUUUGUUCUUGAUGAUGAGGAAGAGGAAGCUGCCGAGUUGGCUCUGAAGGAUGAAGAGUUUGAGCUUUGAAAUGAUACAAAAGGGAAGAGAUUUGAGCUCUCCUAAUGUAAUAUUCAGCUGAUAUUUUAGUGAAUUUACUUAUAAGAAUUACUCUUGAUCAGUUCUGAUGCCGCAGUCGGUGUUCUUUUUGUUCACUUACAUUUUAUUGCAGGAAACUUGUAACUUCUGUUCAACUCUCAUACAACUAUAAUAUUCAUUUCAAUGUGUAGUUGCUGUACUUUUGGUUAA